AUGGGCCAUGACAGCGUAGAUGCGCAGCAUCAAGACGGUAUCUUCUCCAGAUGGAGGUUGGGGAAGAAGAAGGAAGAGAAGGUCGCUGCGGCUAGAAUGUUCGAGCGACAAAAUCGCCCAUCGUUGCCACCACAGCCUGUCACGACACCGCAUGUGCCUGUCUCGAUUCGCUCCACAGCAGGACCAGAAAGCUCGCGAACGGAGACUCCUCGAGGCAUCUUCUACUCGGAACGUGGUCCUGCCACCGAUACUCCUCGUACUCGUGUCGUCCGCAACAACCGCACACUUCUCGCGCAUGGCCCUGACCUUGCCCACCAAGCUGCGGUCGAGGGCAAGCUCCUCUUGAUGCACGAGUCCACGUCCUUGGAAUGGUACAAAAAUCGUAUCAAGCAAUUGGAAAGCCAGAUUAACGGCAAAGAAUGCGCGUUGUGCGCGGAAACGACAGCUGAAGCAGCCAAAGAAAAGGCACGUCUCGAAGCAGACAUUGAACGUCUUCGAACCCGCCUCUCGUCCUUGUUCGACGAAAAAAUUAAAGUUGAUACCGAGCAUGAGGCGGCCGUUGCAAAGCUUCGUGAAGAGCUCGCUGCUCUUGAACAAUUGCACAAGAACGUCACCGCUGACCUUGAAGUCGCUCAAGCCUCACUUGCCGCGUCAAUUGCCGAAGUAGACGCCCAUAAGGCUGAAAUUGUCUUGCUUCAAGAGAAAGUGGCUUCGUUAGAAGCAGCUGCAGCUGCGGCCGCAGUCUCAGCCGCCGCAGCGGCAUCUGCACACGAGGUCGCCACACAUGAACACUCCAGGUCCAAGGCGGUCUUCGAAGGUGAACGAAACAAUCUCUCAGCCAAGAUUGCCGCGCUCACAGCCGCCGCAGCACUUGCAGCCACGACCCACGAAGCCGCGUUGGCCAGCCAUCAAGAAACGUUAGCUGCCGUCGAAGCAAAGCUUUCAGAGUUGACUGCAGCGGAAGCUGCCACCGCGGCUGCAUUUAUUGCGUCGAAGGAAGAUAUCAUUGCCAAGCAAGCGGAAAUUGACUUAUUGACUGCAAAUUUGGUUGCUUUGGAGGCCGAGAAGUACGCUGCAGCCCUCAAGAACUCCAAAUCUUCGGAACAAUUGCUCGCCGAACGUGAAGAUUUGCAAGCUCAAUUGGCUUCAUUGAAGGCAUCGACUUCAGCGGACAAAGCUGCACUGGACGACGAGGUGGAAUCCCUCACUGCUAAACUUGCUACUGUGUCAACACAGUUAACUGAAGUGACUGCUUCCAAGGACACUACGUCGGCUGAGCUGACCCAGUCCCAGGCCGAUUUGACCAACAAGGCAGCGCAAGCCGCUGCACUCCAAGUUGAGCUGGAUGCACUUAAAGCAGAAGUGGCAGCAGCUGCCGCCGCUGCUACUGCGGCAGCGGCUGCUCAUUCUUCUACAUCACAACAAAUUGAAAUGACCAAGAAACAAGUGGAAGAAGAGCGAAAUCAAUUGAAGGCUGAGCUUGCGGCGCUCAUUGCUACCCACGGUGCCGAGAAGGCUUCAUUGGAUGCGUCCCUAGCCGCUGCUCAACAACACGCAGCUGCUACGGAUGCGAAAUUGUCUGAAUUAAACGCCACCCAAGUCGCAACUGCGGCCGCUUUGGCUCUAGCUGAAGCCAAUUCCACUGCCAAAGCAACCGAAGUGUCCACACUGCGAGCUGAUGUUGCUAAACUCCAAGGCGAAGCUGCUGCUGCCGCCGCGGCAGCUGCAGCGGCAGCUUUGUUGCAUUCGUCAACGAAGGAAUCCCAUAUCCUAGCCCUGAAGGAAGUGGAAACUCAACGCGAUACUGCUCAAGCCGAACUUGCGGCGCUUGUAGCCGCCCGUGCCGCUGACCAAGUGACUCACGAAGCAGCCUUGGCUGCUCUUACUACGCAGCUUGACGAAGUCCAUGCUCAGGUGGCUACUGUCACUGCUGCUCUGGCUGCCGCUCAAGUUGAAUUGGCCACUGCCCAGUCGGAUAUUGAGUCAAAGCAAGCCGAAAUCAAUCUUCUGACGACUGAGGUUGCCGCGUUAUCGAAGUCUGUUGCUGUCGCUCAAGCUGAGAUAUCAGACGUAAGCGUGAAUGCACAACGAGAGCUGGCCGACGAAAAAGCAUCUCACGAAGCCGAUGUCAAGGCUUUGACAGAAUCGCUGGGUGCGAUGGAAGUCAAGUUGACUAAUUUGUCCACUGCUCAAGCUGCCUCAUUAACAGCAUUGGCGACGGCAGAAGCGGAGACUGCCGCAUCUAAAGCCCAAGUUGAUCAACUCAAGGAGGAACUUGCUGCCCUGCAGCUGUCGUCAUCUCAGGAAGCGACUAACACAGCUCUUGCCCACUCUGCUGUUGUGGCAUCGCACACUCAGGCAAAGCAAGAAGUUGAAAGCGAGCGAGACGAAUUGAAGGAACAAGUUGCAUCUCUGUUGGCUGCUCAAUUGUCGGACAAGGCUGCCCACGAGGCCAGCCUGUUGUCGCUACAAGGAGACAGCAGCGCACAAGUUGCAGCCCUGGAAGCCAAGGUGGCCGCUCUCGAAGAGUCGAAAGCAGCCACGCUUGUCACG